AUGCCUUCACAACCUGAGAUGAAUCCCAAGGAGAAUGCUAGUGCAGUAACUUUGCGAAGCGGGACGCAAUAUGAUCCACCUAGUCCUCCAAUGCCUAGUAAAUUUUCAUCCAAGCCACAAGUUGAUUGCUCCGUCAAUGAAGAUGUUCCUUCAAAGCCAACCGCCCCUACACAACUAAACCCUAAGCCUACUUUUGUCAUCCCACCUCCAUUCCCAAGCAGACUAAAGAAGACUAAAAAGGAAGAGGUUGACAAGGAAAUUCUUGAUACAUUCCGAAAGGUAGAAGUGAAUAUUCAUCUUCUUGACGCUAUUAAACAAGUGUCGCGCUAUGCCAAUUUUUUGAAAGAGUUGUGCACUAAUAAGCGUAAGUUGAGGGGUAAUGAAAAAGCUAUGAGGUAUCCAAGUGAUGUACAUGUUGUUUACUCUCUUGAUGUGUUGGAUAUCCUUUCUCAACGAGUUUUAGAUUUGCAUAGUGAAAGUUUUUUGGAGGUUGCAUUGAGAGAGCAUCUUGUGUUGACCGAUGAAGAUUUUUCUCAUGAGAUCAUGGAUGUCAUAACCACACUCAAUAGUGGUUUUGACAAGAAUUUUAAGAAGGUUGCAUUUCUUAAUUUACCGAUUUCUAAUGAGAAAUUCCAGCCAUCAAUUGUUCAUGCUCCUACACUUGAAUUGAAGCCACUUCCGGAGCAUCUCAAAUAUGUUUACUUGGGGAAGAAUGAGACACUUCCAGUUAUAAUUGCAAGAAAUCUUAACCAAGUCCAAGAAGAAAAAGUAAUGAGAGUACUCCAAGAAUAUAAAACAACCAUUGGUUGGUCUAUUGUUGAUAUUAAGGGGAUUAGCCCUUCUAUGUGCAUGCACCGAAUUUUACUUGAAGAAGGGUCUAAACCAACACGUGAGGCGCAACGGAGAUUAAAUCCACCUAUGAUGGAGGUUAUGAAAAAGGAGAUACUGAAGCUCCUUAGUGUGGGUAUUAUUUACCCAAUUUCAGACAGUCAAUGGGUGAGUCCAGUUCAGGUAGUGCCAAAGAAGUCUGGAAUCACAGUGGUAAAGAACGAUGAAAACGAGCUGGUACCAAAAAGAAUGCAAACCGGGUGGUGA